UAAAUCACUGAAAAGUCUGUAUCGUUAAAAAAAAAGAGCAAGCAUCAAAAUGCUGUUUUGAAUGUCUCAUCCAAUUUCUUAGUGGAUAUGAUUUAUGGGAGAGCUGUUCAGACCUACGUAUCUUCUAUGGGAAUAACCUGUUUGCGCUGGGCAAGGAUGAAGAACGCCGUUGCCCCAGUGGUGCAGUCCAUAAAGAAAUUUGCCAAGAGUGCUCGAGACCCGGUUGCUGUGGGUGAUGCUGUGCUAUGGUUGGCACUACUGCCACUGUUGGCACUGCGGCGCAUGACGCACAGCCCUGGUGCCAUGGCGAUGCUGCGUGUCACAGUGGAGGCGACGGCCGAGCUGCUGGUGGCCACCAUGUUGGCAGGUGCUGCCAUCUGCGUCACAGCACUGCACGUCAUGGCUGAGCAGGAUGCAGGUGCUGACGAUGAUAGCGGAAAGCAGCCCGACCUUGUGCGACAGCCCUGCCGCCGCUCCCUGCAGCCUGAGCCCCCACUGCCUGUCGAUGCGGGUGGUGAGCGCUGUUCUCCGCGCUCCGUUCUGCCAUCUCCGUUGCCGAAUUUGCUGCAUUAGCUUUCUUGGCAGGCACUGGUGUCUGGAUGGCAGGAGCUAGCUGACACAAGUGCUGGAGUCACUCCGUACAAGAAAAUGCUUCAUUUGAGCAUGCAGAUUUCAUCUCAAGAACACUUUAUUUUUCAGUGCCUUCACAAGUUAUUUUGUGUGCUGUCAUUAUUACUUUCAGUAUAUCAAUUACAUGUCUAAAAUAGCACUUCAUCUUUCCUCUGUAAUCUUAUUGCAUUGUGUACUAGAUAAAGAGAACGUGCUGCUGUUUCAUGUGACCCUGAAGUGUUCAUAAUUUGUAACUUUUCUGUUGCAUGU